AUGUCUGCGCUAGAAGACGAGAUUUGGGAUGGAUGGAAGACUCACGAUGAAUGGAUGGCCACUGGGGAGAGGUGGCCCCUGGCGAGCACGAUCUUGUUGCUCGUUGGAUCGCUGUAUAUUUUCCUCCACAUCCCCAUCAUCUACGCGAUGAUCCGUUCAGGGCUGGUGAGGAACCAGUGUUAUCGGAUUAUGGUCAUCAUCUGCUUUGCCGACCUCGUCAACCUGAUCUGCAACUCCCUGAUCGGGGCCUAUAUGUUUCAAAUCGGGGGCGUCUUUUGUAUGGCGCCCGUAUUUAUGUAUAUUGAGGGGUGCUUUAUUUUCGGUGAGAACUCUCGU